AUGCCGCACCUCACGACGCGACGCUCGACGCUCGAGACUCGUUCGAUGAUUUACGAAACCACCUCGGCGCUGUUUAGGUCGUUUUUGAAGUCGUCGCGCAACGACGAUAAGUUUAGCCACGAAGGUAAGCGAAAGAGCGGACCGGGAGAGAAAGCGUCGGCGAAUAAACCUGUUAUGGAUGAUUAA